AUGUUCACCAGGGUAAUAACUUUCUUGUUAUUAUGCCUCCAUGUCUGCGCUGCAUCGCUUCCAUCAUGUGAAUUCGAAAAUCUUAGCAGUGGAUUCCACGCAGAGUACAUCAAUAAUACCUACCACGAUUGUGGUGGUGAUAGUGAUGAUGGUUCUGAAUGUCCCGGAUACCUUUCAACUAUCAAUAAGAAAGCUGCAUCAAUAACUAUGGAUAAUGUUCAAAAUCUUACAUUUAACAUGUAUAAUGGUGUCAACAGUGCUGCUCCCAACUAUCAAAAUUUUUAUGGAAAAUAUGUGGAUGUCAAUAGUUUUGGAUUGAGAGUAACUGGUUAUUUUUAUGCUGCCCAAGCCGGUCAAUACAACAUCUCUUUUUCAUUAUAUGAUGACGCGGUGGGAUUAUACUUUGGUAGUAACAAUCAAUGUUGUGGUGAUAUUUCCGAAAUCACUGGUGACACCCCAACUAUAGUAUCCGGUAAUACUGUUGAAAAUCCCACUCAAGUUUACCUGUUAGAUCUUGAAGAAGGUUAUUAUCCUAUGAAAUUAGUCUACGUCAACUGGGCUGCCAGAGCAUCCCUUAAAUUCAACAUAACACAACCAGAUGGAACGGUUGUUACCUCAGACAAUUUGCAAGCCUAUUCGCCAAACUCAGGUACCAUCUGUGUCAUUAGAACCACGACUACUACUUCCACAUGGACGGAAACAUUUGGUACCACUUAUACCGUGACACCUACUGAAUCUGGUAAUGUUACUGCCACUGUCGUUGUUGAAGUUCCCCCUUUAUCAACUACCACUAUCACAAGUGGUUCAGUCCCAACUGGUUACUUGACUACUAUUACUACUGGUUCAGUUCCUGUCACUGAGUACGUUACUAUCACUCCUACUCCAGACAUUCCAACUACAACCAUCACUAGUGGUUCAGUCCCAACUAGUUA